CAUUGCAAACGGUUACCAAGCCAACAAAGGACAUACAAUGUCGUGCAUCCCUCAAAACCAGACGUUCAACUCGCUCCGCUCCGAGCUCCUUCACUUGAUCCAAGUCAAACACAUAGCACUGUGAGGUACCAUCUUUUUCUUGCAAGCGGUGACAAGCUCACUCUUUUCCCGUCACUUUCUUUUCCCUCGGUUCACCAACAUUACACGCAUCCACAAUGUCUUGGUUCAACGUUGCCCGGAUUUUCCGUGAGCUCAUCACAGGCGAAAACGACCCACCGUCUCCUCCGCCAGUCAUCCGUCGUAAGCGCAAAGCCGAAGACAAGUCCUACAACGAGGACGACUACGAUGUCUCGGAUGAUGGCAAGCCCAAACGGAUGAAGCGGUAUAGGCAAUUAGAUUACCAACGUCAAGAUCUUUUCCGACAUGCACGAGAUCGAGACGGUGGAGAUGGCGAAGAACAGGAAGCACUGUAUCGAUCAGAUACACCCCCAUCGCGACGACGAACGAGAUCAAUGACCAGCGGCCCAGCCCGGCGCCCGCCCCAACCCCAGUCUAGUAAGCGUCAUGGCACCAGUGCUCGCAUCAUCACCAAAAAUAAAGAGAAACUCAAGCAACACGACGAGCUUCUCGAUGACGCCGAACGGGCCCUCCUCCUGUUCAAAGAUCUCCAAGAAGUUCUCUUGCGGAGCAAAGACAAUCUGGAGAGAAUUCCUAGGGGUGAUCCUGAACACGCUGCAAUCUGGCUUGAGAAUUUGUUGUAUCAGUUAAACGCUACGAAGGAUGACCUCGAUGGAUAUCACAAGGCAACGAAACUCAACAACAAACAAUUGCAUCAACAGCUUGACAGCAAGCAGGGGCUCUCCAAGUCUUUAUCUAAGCCUUAUGAACCCCAAGAGCCCACGCCCACACCGUCUUCUAAACCCACUGUAUCCGGAUCGAAGCAACGGGAACUUGAGAACUUGGCGCAGGCCGCUAUGAUGAUGGCUCGACAAAAAGAAGCCGACAAUAAAGCAGCAAGAGCUGAAGCAGUAAGAGUUGAAGCUGCAAAAGCUGAAACUGCAAGAGCGGAAAAGGAAAAAUUGGAAAAGGCCGCGCAAAGCAUAAACUUCCAAGAUGCCGGUGUUUCCACCAACAUGUGGAAAGAUAUGAGUGGAAGCAUGCUACAAGCCAGGAAUCAUCUCCGAAUGGCUGCCGAAGAUCCCGAUUACACCUAUAGCGAUGUUGAACUCGUAUCUGAGCUUGACUAUCUCCGGAAACUGAUGGAGUCAUUUACUGCUGAGUACUGCGCCCAUGGUUGCAAAGCAGGCGAUAUGACCGAAAGACUGCGAAAAGCCUUUUUAAAUAUGACGCCUGAGACGACGCGUAUCUAUUGCAAUGUAGCUUCUGGUGGUCCGGGAGGUCCGGGAGGCUGGCACCAGUUCUUCCAGGACAAAGAAAAGAUGCAAGCUUUUGCUCUCGCAGUCAUUGGCAACGUAGUUGUUGAGCAAGUCCUCCACCAUGUUGCGUUCGGUGCUGAUGAAAAGUUGUUGGAUAAACUGAAGGGGGUGCAGAGUAGACUCAGGAAUCACGAUGGAUUCGUCCGCAAUCAAGCAACCGCAGAAGCGCUUCUGGAGAACCUCAAAAACGGUGAAGACAGUGAAGACGAAACCGUCGACAAGGCACACUCAAUGGAGCUCACCACCCACUUCCAGGAGCAUCCUCUCCUUGAACAUGCGCAUGGACCCGCACACCGUAUACUACAUCGUUCCUCUCUACAAAGAACAACCCUUCGCCCGCAGUGAACACGACCUCUUCAACCCCGCCUCCG